GGGUUGCUCUCCGGAGCUCCGUUUCGCGAAACCCCCAAUAGUAGUGAUGAAGACUUGGUGAACCGAGGCUGGAAGGAAGUGAAGCAGCCAUGCCCACCACCUGUGUCUUUCAGCUGGAUCGCCUGAAUCCGGUCUACAACAGCGGGGAGUACAUCAGUGGUCGCAUUUUGUUGCGCACGGACAAGGUGAAGCGGGUCAAUGCCGUAUAUGUGACCCUGGAGGGCGAGGCCAAGGUUCAGUGGUCGAUGAGCGGCAAGAGCGAGACGGCCAAUUAUUCGGGCCAUCAGCAAUAUUUACACUCCCGCACCAAUGUGUUCGAUAACACCCUCUUCCGGGCUGGCGUCCACGUAUACGUGCUCACUCUGAGGAUUCCCCCGGACUGCCCAUCCACCUGCAAGGGUCCCUACGGCUACAUAGCCUACACCAUCUCCCUGACCAUCGACAAGCCCUGGGGGUUCGACGAGGUCUUCCGGAAGCCCAUAAACGUCGUGCAGACCCUGGACCUCAACUUCAACACUGAGUUUGCACUGCCUGUCAAGGAUGAAAACUUGAAAUACCUCUGCCAUUGGCCCUGCAUCUCGGGUCCCAUUUGCUCCACCCUGGCACUGCCCGCCUCCGGAUUCACGCCCCUGCAGGAGGUGCCCUUCCGCUUGGAGGUGGACAACCAGUCGCCCCACUACGACAUCAUCGGCGUGGAGGUGUCCAUCAAGCAGCACUUCGUCUUCCUGUCGCGGAAGCCCGUCAAGCGGAACUUUUACACAAAGACGCUGGUCAAGGAGCUGAUCUCGGACCGCACUCUGCGCCUGUCCAAGCGGCAGUACGAGUCCAGCAUCUGUGUGCCCAUGGACACGCCCCGGUCCACCCUGAACCCCAACUACAUCGUCUUCCUCCACUACACGCUGCAGGUGAAGCUGAAGACGGGCUACUUCCACUACGACACGGACCUCUCGGUGCCCAUCAUCGUGGGCACCACUUCCCUGCAGCACCUCAGGGAGUCGGUCCACACCCAGCAGCCCGUGCGGAGGACGCCCACGCCGGAGAGACAGCGACUGAUCGAGCGGGUGACUCCCCGGCCCCCGCCGCUGGAGGAGGAAUCCGCCGGAGAAGCGGAUGCGGCCACCGACGAGCCGCACCAGGCGAUCGAGGACGAUGAGCCACCCUCGUACGACAGUUGCCUACCGCCCUCUUUCAGUUUUGCCACCUUGGCGGGCAGCCAGCAGACAUUGGGCAGUAGCCACGCAGUGGUGCUUCAGCGCAUUCACUUACCCAAGUUUCCCGGCUUUAGCACCCUCAUCGGGACCGCUCCAGCCCACGGAAUGGAGGACUCCGGCUUGGACAUGCACAUGUACAGGUCGUACGGCUCUCUGAACACGGAUCACACGGGCCGGAGUCUGGAUACUUUCGGAUCCCUCUGCGGUCCACUUUCUGAGCACGUCGAGGAGCGGGAGCCGGGGGUUGAGGAGGAGACGGAGGUCGUGGAUGUGACUGCCCAGGUGCACCGACCAGUCCCAAGGGCCCGAGUAGCCGAGAUUGAGGAGGAGCUGGAGGACGAACACCUGUUCUAAUGGAGAAGUGUCUUAUAUACAUGCCUACGUAAUACCAUCCCAAGUAACAAGUAACUUAAGUGUUCAAGACUAAGGCUUAUACAGGAUUUUUAGGCCGGAUCCUAGUCCGUCGUCUAGGUUUAGAGAGCUUUCAUUGCGCAAAUUUGUACACUCGCGUACCAUCCAAAAUUAAUCGAAUCGAACUUAUUGAGUGCCAAAGUCCUUUUAUUUCUAGCACACAUAUUUACCGCUUUUCUACAUCCAUCAAACAUUUACGGUUUAAAUAUUCGACUUGAUAAAUUUACUAAUUAUCCUAAGUACCAACUAAUGCGUUCUUAAGUGGA